UUGUUUGAGUUAAGUGUAAAGACCAAGAUGUCUUCAUCGAACAGCAUGUUUGGCCACCAACAGCAAUACAUCAAAUACAUUUAAUGAGUCUUGGAAGGGGCACGCCUUAAAAAAAAAGAAAGAAAUGGUUUCAUUUUGAAAAGGGAAACUAAAGGCUGGACUGAACAGUGAGCUGAAAACCUGAGCAAGUGAUGCAGAACAAACAUAUGUUUUGUCUCCCAACAUCUUAUUGAGUAAUUGGAGAACCAGACAUAGCGAAGUGAGUGAAUAUUGAUACAAUGCAGCCUGUUAUUAAUACACCAUCCAAGCCAUGACCGAUUCUGGACCGUCAAGAAAAAUGUCACGGGCAAAGUUAGUGAUACUUGGACGAGACAACUGUGGAAAGACAGCCCUGUGUGUUAGAUUCAUCACCAAGCGGUUCAUAGGAGAAUAUGACCAUAAAAAGGAAGUAACUUACAGGUGUCGGAAAACUGUCGACAAGGAGACCAUCGAUUUGGAGAUAUUGGACACAGCCAACAAGGAGUGUGUGGGUUCUGCAGCACCUUCUCUGGAGAGUUCCAUUAAAUGGGGCGAUGGUUUCCUUAUUUUGUAUUCCAUCACAGACCGGAGCAGUUUUGAGUCUGUCUCACACUUAAAGAGGCUUAUUGAUCAUGUCAAGCAGACCCUAGGCAUACCUACUGUAAUAGUUGCGAAUAAAUGUGACAUGGAGAAUGGAAGGGUGGUGCGGACAGAAGAAGGAAAGGCCCUUGCCAGUGAUCUGAGGUGCAGCUUCUUUGAGUUGUCUGUGGCGGAGUGUUCUGUGGCUGUGGAGUUAGCGGUUGAGAAGUUGGUACGAGAGGUGCGCCUGGAGUACCAGCGCCACCUACUGGCCAUGGACAAACGCUCACGCAUGCUCCAGAUGAGGCACGCACUGAGCCGCAAGCUUACCCGCAGCAAGACCAUGCAGUGGUGACCAAGGCAGUUCAGUCGGGCCCCCUGAGCACAGGCCUGAAGAUCUACUUAGCCAACGCUGUUAUCUUCAUCUGCAUUACGCUUUAAGUUGACAGUGAGAGGUCAGUGGCUAGUUUCCUUAUAAAAAAGCACACAGAAGUUGGAGAAGAACACAAUGGACAGCAUUACACAGAAAUUAUAUAUAUAUAUAUAUACACAUUGUGUGUUUAUGGCUAUAUAUUUGGGUUAAUGCACAAUUGCAUAAGGGUUCACACAGCUUUGAUAUGACACUUGACAACAUCAAUGGGAGUUUGAAAGAAAGCAGCUGAACAUGGAUUGGAAGUUGCACUUUGACCAGGAGGUAUUAUCUCUUACUACCACCUGUUUGACAUUGAAUUAUGGGUAACUCCAUUAUUACAAAAACAUUAGACAUCCUUGAGUGUAAACUAAAAUGUUAUUUUGAGACAUUUUGGUGUCUACAGUGUUCAUAAGGAGAACUGUCACACACUAAAUCUUGAUGGCUGUUUAUAAAAUCAGGAUAUAUUUUUUCAGAGAGAAGAGAAGUCACAAUUACAACUUUGUAAUUUUAUUUAAAAAUGGUCAAAUAAAUAAAUACAAAUUGAUCGAAUGCUCCAAAAAUCUUGACUUACUCUGACACUGCAAUGGAAUUUGCCAAACACUGCAUACAAAUAGCUACAUAAAAUAACUAAAGUACAGGAAAGAGAUAAAGGAAAUCAGUGGAUCACAGGCAACAAAAAGGAUUGGUAACAAAACCGUAGUCAAAAAUAAAGAAAUACUUCUUUAAAAAAACUGUGAAAAAAUACAACUGACAAAUAUUACAAGAGAGUAUGCAGUUUGUGUAAUAAACCAUUUACACUAUAUUCGGCACAUUAGUGCCUUUGACUUGCUUGAUUUGCUACAAUGCAUCUUAACAAAGAGGAAGAAUACUUUACGUUGAGAAAAAGCCUUCUAAAUUAAUCAAAUGAUAUGAGUGCAUGAAGUUAGAGGUGGGACAGUGGUUACAAGGAAGGGGGGUCUCCAUAUUGAUGGCAAUGAAAUGCAACUAGAAUACUUGAAGGCCACCGAUGUGACAUGAUAUAGCAUGAGAACAACUGUUUUCAGAACUAAUCAAGAUAUGCAGUGAAUCCAAAGUAAUACACUGGUAUGGAUGAAGAAUCUACUCAAUAUUGUUUUCCUAAUUGGUUGCUCUCGUUUGUGAAUAUUAUUUAGCUGGUGUACAUCAUAAAUGGGAAAUAAAAAAAGGCUUUCAAAUCAUUCUUUGGAUAUUAAUGUUGUUUCCAUUUUUUUUUUUUUUUACC